CCUGGAGUGGUGAGAGGGAGGGAGAAAUAAGACGAAGACGAGAAAGAAAUAGAAGAAGACGAAGCGGACAAGGUUGGAGUGCGGUUGAGUACGGUGCAAGUUUGACUCAGUUUGUCUCUGUGAUAGCUUCGAUAUGGACCAGCAUAUCGUGAUCGUUAUUAGUCACUGACCAAAGAGCGUGAUCCAAAUGUGGCGAGGCCAUGAGUCCACUGUGAUAUUGAGCCGAAUCAAGCUCUUGAGUCUUCCAGUACGAGCAUUAAUCUGAAUGUCAUCAUGCUUACCACCACAACCACCACUUCCAAUUUGAGCACCGCCGAUGACAUCGAGUUGUCGAGGAUCCCCGACAUCCAAGUCAAUUCGGCACGCUUAGCGCCUGAUCAUUCUUGCGAGACAUUGACAACAAUUGAAAGCCCAGGAACCGAAUAUGAUGACCACCAUGAGUUGGAGAAACAUUCGAAAGAGUUUCCAGGUGAUUUCCCUAUUGGUCCCCAACGAUCCGCUUCCACCGACACAGAUUUCAAACCCUCGUUCAAAAGCCGUCUCAAGUGGCCCUGUGGGAUGACAAACUUUCAUUUCAGCCUCUGUAUUGGUGUGGUGGGCUUCGCUAUAUUUUGGCUCUUGCUUCUACUGCGAAUUUAUUUACCGGAGGAGUAUUUCCAGUGAAUUUGAGGGAGGAAGCCGUAUAUUAUCUCGAAUGGUCCAUUCACUCAUAUUUACCUUCAAGGGCGGCAGUAUUUGAAAAAGCCCUCUUUGACAUCCCAAGGUUGAAAUGAGAGAAGCUGGGCGAGAAAGUCCUACUACCUACACAGCGCUGCAAUAGUCUGGAUGUUGUGGAAGGUAAUACACUUGGAGAGGUUCGGGUCCACGGCCGCUCUUCUAUUCAUUUAGCCUCCGUCACAUUUGGAUCACGAAGCGAGGGAGGAAAAAGAGACAAUUGGGCUCAUUAACGACAGACACAUUGCACUACCAUUCUACUUCAUUUGUUCGGCUAAUGGCUCAGCUUGCUCUCUUUUAUUUGGUUGAGACCAGAGCCAAGUGGAGUGGCAGCUCCAAGGGAAAAAUCUCUUGUGGAGGCUCUGAAGUUGAGGAGAGCAAGACCUGCUCAUGACACAAGAAACAAUGCGAUCCAUUCGGAUAUCAAAAGGAAUGCAAUCAAGGAAAGCAGGAAGACAAGGUCAAUCCACUGAAGCCCAAGACUGAAAAAGAAUCCCUCAUUUCCACGACAGCCUCUAAAAUCCGAGCAGCCAGUGCUUUGAGGUGGUGUGAAAUGUUAUUGUGGUAUAAAAACAGACCUCACUUGAGCGAGCUGAUCUACUAUUGUUUGAGCUCCAACUCCAGCAGAAAAACAUAUGUUUUGACUGAAGAAACUAAAUUCUAAGGAAAGCAACCCAACCAUUCUUCAUGGCAAGUCCAUCAUGUUGAAUAACAUUGCCAGACCUUCUGGAUGACCUUGGGAUUUGCAUUCAAUUGCGGAUGAAUAAAUAAGUCUCGACCGGAA